GUGAGGGAGACGGAGACGUGGAUGCCCAUGAAGACCACACAGACAGCCGCCUUGUCGACGCGCGACGUCGAGUCUUCGGGAGACUCUCCGAACGGCUCCGACUUCGGCUUCACGGACAACGACGGCGAAGACGACGACGAGGAGGAUGACGAUUACUACGACUCGUACGAUGAUGACGAGGACGACGAGGAGUACGACGGGUUCUCUGGAUCUGGGGACGGAGCAGCGACUGAGACGCCUGAACGAGACAUCCGGCCGUCGGUGAAGCCCGACUCCAACUCCAACAAGAUCCCCGAGAUGGAGCGUCCGGCGCGGCCCACCGUCAACGAGCUGGACGUCGUUAAGAACAGUAACGAGAUCCCGCUGCUGCGUAACGAGCCGGAGCAGGAGAACCCGCCCAACGUGCUCAUGUCUCACGCCGGAGAAGGAAGCAUCUUCAACAAGACGGAGGUUCUGGCAGCUGUGAUCGCGGGCUGCGCCGUCGGCCUGAUGUUCGCCGUCCUGCUCACGCUCUUCCUCAUCUACCGCAUGAAGAAGAAGGACGAGGGCAGCUACGAUUUGGGAAAGAAGCCGAUCUACAAGAAGGCGCCAACCACAGAGAUCUACGCAUAGACCCUUUAAAACCCCCGUCUACCCCCCCCCUCUAACACACACACACACCUCGCCCCCCCCCCACCCCUUCCACCCUGAAAAACCCAAUCAGGGCCUCACAGUGCC